AUAGUUCAGUGCAUAGAAGAGUUAAACGAUCGACGACGCAUGGACGGACAGUCGUGCGCGAUUUUCAUUCAGUUUCCCAAACUCACUUGAGUUCUAAACAUACAUACACAUACACACACACACACAAUACAUACAUACAUACAUAGAAAACGAACUUACGACUAUAAAACGACGACUGCGCCAAGUUAGGCCAAAUUCCAAACCCGGGCCAGGCCGAGCAAACAGUUGACGAACAGCAGCAGCCAACGACUGUAGGCAGUAGCAGCUGUUGGCGGCUUCUGAAUAACAAAACCAAAAAGAAAAUUCAGCUCCACAAACUGGCCACAUGGAGUCCACCAACAGCAACAGCAAUAACAAAAAUGGCGGUGGGAAAAACAACAAAAAAGGUCGCAAAACGCGUGCCCCACAAAACCAACAGCAACAAGAAAAGCCGCAACCGCCACAACAACAUCAUCCAUGGGACGAAGGCAAUACAGGCAGUCGUCGAACUGGGGCGACAGUUACGGGCACAGCGUUGACACGAUUCUUGGUUUGCAUGGCACCCGUGAUUGUGUCGCUACCUGGCGCUGGAAUUGGCCCCACUGAGCAGCCGACCAUACUAUUGAUCAACAACCAACAGCAACAGCAGCAGCAGCAGCAGCAACAUCACCCGGAGUCGCAAUCGCCGUCCCAGCAACUGAACGGCGAAAUUGAGGCAGAAUCCGAAGCUCAAGCCGGCAAAGAGAGCAAAGCAGCAAAGCUUAAGCUAACGCUCGAUAGCAGUAAGAAUCAAUCGGCAUCCAUUGAUUUGGCGCCCACCACACCCGGCGGCUCACAUGUGCUCGACAUAGAAUCUCAUCUUAUUGAGGACGCCAACACAUACACAGCCACCGAGGAACAGGGUGUGGGCAUCAACGAGCUACAACCCAUCGAGUACGAGCUAGAACAGGGCACAUCCAAGGUAGAGACUGAUGAUGCAUCCCGUGUAAUCGAAGUGGAACCGGCCGGUGCCAAGACUAAGCAGAUCGUUGAGACACAAGCCCCUUCCCAUCAGACCGCCGAGGUAGACGAGACAACGGCGCAGGCAGAUUUAGUUAGCCAGCCAGCACCAAAUCCGAGUGAAGUGCGCGAGGCAGCCGAGCAGCUUGUGAAUGAAAUAGAACGUGAGCUAGUCGAGAAUUUGAGCCGUCAUUUGAAUGGUGACCACAAAAAUGUAGACGACGAGCAAACAAAGACUGAUAGCGGCGACAUCAAAGAGCACCUCGAGGCUGUCAACUCGCUCUCCCAGCAAGUGGAUGCUCAGCUCAAUGAGCUGACCAGCAUACUCAAGAACAAGCUACCAGAAUCGGAGAUUGUGUCGGAGCAGCAACAAUCAGCUCCUUUGGUUCUAACAUCUGCUGCCAGCAGUGAAAUAAAGCUGGUAGAGGUGCCCACGCCCAAGACUCAAGCGGAGGAGGAGCAACGCAAAGCGUUCAUCGACUCGCUGCCACAGAUCGAGCAGCGCAACUUGCUGACAGAUUCGGAAACGGAUGCCAAUCGUUUGUCAGCCGACUGCAAGCGUGAGUACUAUCAGUCGCUGAAGAAGUAUCUGUUGCAUAGCAGUCAGGAUAGGCCGCCGGUGCCUUUGCAAACAUACCGCUGGGAGGAUUUGAGGCGCGCCAAGGAACGGGGUGGCUACCCGUGGACACAUUUGUAUAAGCGGCCACUGGGACCAGACGAGGAGCCUGAGAUUGUUUUGUUGCUGCGCAAAUCGCAAGAACUGCGAUUCAAAUCAGAAUCACCAAAGUCUCUUAAAAGGGUACGCUACGACGAGCAGGUACUAGUCAAGGAAACCGAACGCUAUAUUCAGGACUUGUCCGAAGACGAAGCGCCUGGCGACAGCGACCAAAGUUCCGAGGAGUCCGACACAGAUACAGAGAGUGUAAACGAACGAGACCCACACAACGAGGACGCGCUUAGUGAGUGCAUCUCUUGUGUCUCCGAUUCGGUCCUGGCCGUUGGUGGACACGCAAAACCGCGUAAGACCAAUCGAUUAGCUCAGAUACGUAACUUAAUCAAGCGUAGACGCAGCGGACGUACUCAAGAGGACGCACAAUCGCUGCCAGGAAAUUCGGCUAACGCAAGUCUUCAGAGCAGCGUUCACGAACUAGCCCCACCACCUGGAUCUCUAGUGCCAAACUCUGCUGCGGCUAUUGAGCAACGGAAAGCGGAGAAACGCAAGCCCAAGCAGAGCUUUGACAUCAUGAAGAAGCUCAAAAGCUUGGCGGAACGCCAGAAGAAACGUUUGAAUAUCAAGCGAAUUUCUCUAAAGAAGGAUGAGAAAAUUGUGCUGGGUGAGGAGCAGAAAAUCAUGCGACUAAAGGCCUCACCGAAAUCGGAUCGUGGAGAGAUUCCACACUUUAUUGAGAAACAGGAUUCAGAUGAUGUUCUCGAGCUGGUUGAAUACGAUGAGUCGCCCUGUCGCAAGCGCAAUAAGGAGGAGCAAGAACAAGCUGAAGAUCUGCCCACUUCCAGCAGCAAUGUGUUGCAGCCAGAUGAAGUCAUAGAGCUGCCGCAAGUCACAGAACCGGUUCCACCCACUGUCGAAGUUACGGAGUCUGAAGCUGUAAGCAAAGUAGAUGACGAGGACGAAACUGUUGAAAGCCAAGAGACAGCAGACGAUUCCGCACCUCCUAAGAAGACACCACGACUCCGUCGCGAACAUGUCUACGAGGAGAUUGGACAACAGAGUGACUCCCAACAGCCGCUGCUCGAAGCGAGCUCUGUUGAUGCGCUUAAGAAAUCACUUAUGCGUCAGGAUAACUUGGCCGUAGAUGAGGUUGAAGCUGCCAAAUCCAUUCCGCUGGAUCGGAUGGGCAGUAGCGAAGAAGAGCAGGCAGCGGCAUUGACUGCUGAUAAGUCCAGUGCAUUACUGGCACCCAUUUCAUCCAUAGACUCCACCUCGUCGGAUGAGGAGCGAGCACGUCUGGCGCAACUUUCACCCGUGGCCGAAGAAAGCGAUGUGGCCAGCAAUGACGCCCUUGAGAUUGAGGAACUACGCCCUUCGAUUAAGAAGGAACCAUCACCAGCGCCAUCGGACAAAAAGGUCACUUUCUCGCAUGUGGAAGACGAAGCAGAGCCGCAUCGCGAGGACAUUGAACUGCCCGAAAAUGUACUUGAGGCGGCUACCAACGCUGCCAAGUUAAAGAAUGUCAGUGAUCAUGAAUACGAGCCCAUUGGUGUAGCGCCGACUUCUGAUGUUCAAGCCCAGGAACCAUCAUCAGCUACACCAUCUGCAGCAGCUGUUGCCCAGAAUGGCGCCUCCAUAGACAACGAUGCUGUGGACGACCGCUAUCUUAGUUCCGCUGCUACUACACCGCGUACAGAAUCUCGCACAGACUAUGAAAUACACACCAGCCAAGUGGACUCAAGCGCAUUGGAAGAACUACCGUUGCAGCCGGAGAAUCGAAAGAAGGGUUUCAUGGCAACGGCUCAGGAUCGUACGCGCAAAAUGCAGGAUGGAAUCCGAAAUCAGGCUGGAAAAAUACGCACCAAGUUGCGCCCGCAACCGAAGAAACCCGUCUCAGGUAGCCCUAAGGCCAAGGAGAGACGACGCUUUAAGGCCCCAGAGUUUUCUAAGAUAAAAAUGCCUGAGAUUAAACGACCAGAUAUGACUAGGUUUAAGGAUAUGAAGAGACCCGAAUUCACAAAGUUCAACAAGCCCGACAUGUCCAAGUUUAAGCUACCCGAGAAGUUCCCAACGCUCAAAUUGCGUCGCAGUAAAUCUUUCAAAGAAAAUGAGGCUGCUGUUGGUGACUCGGAGCUACCUACUGAAUCCACCGAAUCCCCUAAUGCAGAGGCUGCGCCCGCACCAAAAAAGAAAUUUGAGUUUAACUUUGGCACCUAUCCGAGAGCUUUCCGCAAGAAGAAACCAGCCGAACCCGUGGCUGUGGAAUCUUCGCUUGGCACUGAGGGUUUGAGCGUUAUACCCAGCACUGAAACGCAACCCUCGUCGACGAGUUCACCGCAAGGUGAUCGCGGACCAGGACCUGUGCGGUCACGCUGGGCUGACAAGUUUUCUGAUGUGAGCUACAACGAUAGCGAAGGCUCGCGGUACCGACGGUACGGUAGCGAGCUAGAGAGCUUUGAUCGGGAGUCUUCACUAGAACGGCGUAUGAAGGAAGAUUUGGAGGACACGGGAAGCGAGGCACAGCCACAACAGCAGAAACUUGAUUUGGGUAUUCUUGGCGGUGUGGCAGAUAGCAAACAGUUUGCAGAGUUCGAUGAAGAGAACCGUGCCAUACAUGAGAUCUCUAAUUUGCGAUCGCGUGAAUUUAAGCGUCGGCCUAUGGUGCAUCAAGACUCUGAUUUGCGCUCCGAAGAUAGUCGUGAUGCCGAGGGGUGGACUGAGAAAGACAUACAAAAGAACAAGCUUUUGCGCAAAGCUGAAUUGGAAGCAGAAACUGGUUACUACAAAUACCACAGUGGUGAAGAGGGUCUACUCCAAGACGCACAAUCUACGGCUAGCUCGGGCAAAAAGGUGGUCAUGGAAGAGAUCGACGAUGAUGAGUUCUUUUUGCGUAAGCGUGGAAUUUCUGAGGACAACAUACAAUUGCGGCAAUAUAUCAGCGCUGCCAUCCGCGAGGGUUACGAUAUGCCUAACGCACUGCAAAACGUGGGUCAGGAGUAUGGUGAUUACGAUGUGCCUCCGCCAAAGCCUCGUCGUCUACACAAAAACUAUCGACCGGAAUAUGGUGAUUCUCAAGAGUUUCAACGCAGCGACUAUGGGGAUGACCUAUCUAUGUCUCAGAAUGGAAGCGAUUUUAUGCCUAAGCGACCAUUACGCAAAGCUCGUAGCCGCAGCAAAUACUCAAUGGAUAGUCAGGACAUCCCUAUGGCAGACGAUGGUAGCCAAGUUCAGUACUUUGACGAUGACGAAGAGUAUUUGCGUCCGCCAGCACGCGAUCAAGCAGAGGUGGAGGAGCCGCAACAGGGUCUGAACAAUCUUAGCUUCAAUGCCAAGGCAUCAUCUGUAGAUGUACCACGUCCGCAUGCCCCUCGGCGUCAAAAGAAGCGCACACGCGACCAGACGUCUGUGGAGAAAGAGCAGGCUGAUGACUUCAUUAAUGGCUUUGGUGGUAGAUCAGUAUCGAAUACCUUUUUGCAGCCACAGGAAGAUGUAAUUGUUUAUCGCACUGAGCAUGAAUAUCACAUACCGCUGGCCACGCCUGACAACUUUACUGAUGGGGCUUCAGCGCGUACUCAGCGCUCUGAAGAUGAGCGCACUUCACGGGGUGCUGACUCUUUGGCGCUAGAUGCACAAGCGCCAGAGAACGAGCUGCCUCAGGAGGUGGAGGAGGAGCCACAGCACGAGAAGUUUGUCAUAGAUAUGUUGGAAAAUGAUGGCUACGCCGUUGUGCGCAAGGAGCAAAUGCCCAAGCCAACGCCACCGGCACGUCGUAAAAAGUUCACACGCUCACCAGGUGAACGGUUUGCCACAUUGCCGAGCACACGCGGUUCACCACCGCCACCAGCACGCCCACCACCUCCGCAGCGUUAUACGCCCAGCGAUGAUUCACCGUUGCCACCGCGAAGACGCUCUCCAAGCAUUGAAGAUAUUGGCCUGGGUGCUGGCAUCAAGUCAAACGAACCCAGCCAGGCCGAGCAGCCUGUAGAGGAGGAGGAAGAAGAGGAUGACUAUGAGGCGCUUGAGCGUCCCGAAUCGCCUCGCGCCAAUUUGCAGUCCGGCGACGUAAUAAAUAAGAUGAAGUAUCGACCAUUGCCGCCACCACCGCGCCCGCCGCGUGAAAAGCGUCAGCGUGGAGGCAGCACCGUAGACAGCAAAGGCGAACGCACCGACGAUGAGCUUUCGUCAUAUCGGUACGAGGAUAGCGAACGUGUUGCUAGCUCCUCGACAGCCGAUAGCUACGAUCAGCAUGAAUUUGAAGUCGAAGUCUCCACGCAAACAGAUCCGCUACCUGAUGAUUUCGUGUGCGAGGAAUUUGAGAUCACAGAGGAUAUGAAAGUAAUUGAGCCCCGUCGCUCGAACGGAACUAAAACCCUUGACGAUCUGCUCCGCAGCGCACAGUCCGAGCAGGAUGAAUUGGAUGGCUCCGAACGGCCACUUACAGAAGAUGAACAGCUAGCACGUGGUCUUCAACGUUUCCGUGAUGCCAACCAACGGAGCAUGUCUGAGCGUUCACGAGCCUCAUCGCAGGCUGAUCGUUCGAAAUCGCUCAGUCGACCACAAACGCCAUCAGCGGUGGUCAUUGAGCGACGGGUGCCUACGCCAUCGCCCACUGGGGAAGAGAAUGAUAGCACGGUGCAGGCGGCACUCAUUGUGCGGCCUAUUAGUGUAGCCGAUUUGGAGGAUGAUGAUCUAAGACGUGAAGAAGAAGCGCUACGACGCGAAGGUUUGCUAUCGGAUAGCUCUGUUCAAAGUAAGUCCGAUGUUGAAACAGCUGGCGAAGAUGAGGAACUUCACGGCGAACAAGGACAUAUAGCACUGAGCGAUUAUGCGCCGAGCUCAGCAGAUUUGGAUGCGGCUGUGGAACAAUUACAGCAGGCUCAACUGGAGAGUGACUACGAGAGUAAGCUGGAGGAUGAUGAAGUCGAACGCACACUACGUGAAAGCGAGUACGAAGACGACGAAGUAAAAGGCGAAAAGUAUUCAGAUCACUAUGAUGAGGAUGAAGAAUUAAAGUUGCAGGAGCAGGUGCUUAGAAGGGAACUGGGACUGGACCUGGAACAAGAACAACAACUAACAGACCAAGAACAACAAUUAACAGAUCAAGAACAACAGUUAACAGACCAAGAGCUUGAAGAAGCUUUGGAAAAAGAGCUUCAAGAAGAAAUGGAAAAGGAACUGGCUGCUUAUAGAAAAACUGAAGCGCCCUCUAGUCAAAUUCAGGAGCUAAGCAGCGUGGAGGCGGUUACUACGCCAGAAUACCCGCUGUCGGAAGAAGAGCCCGAAGAAAAAAUUGUGACAGAAGAACCACUUUUAUCCUCCGAGAUCGCCACACAGCUUAAGUCAUUACCAAAAGUGGACACCAGCGAAGAAGUUGCAGCCAAAUUUAUAUCGAGUGAACCCCUCGAUGAUGAAGCUGAGCAUGAGCCACCACAUCCACCGCCACGUCGCAAAUCAACCACCGUACUAGAACCAACAUCGGCACCCACGCUGACGAUAGCCGAACAGGCAACACGUGAGCUUACACCCGUGCAAUCGGUCCAAUCUGCCACCACCCAGCCACAGGCUCAGCUUCCCAGUCGUCUAGCUGAACUCGAAGUCGAACGCCUACGUGUGCAUGCUUUACAGGCCGGUCAGAUUAUGGUCUCACAGCUGCAUGGCAGUCAGAUCAGUUCUGAUGAGCUCGAGUGCAAGUCAGGUAAUCUGGUCGUAAAGAACAUCGAACUUCCGCCCGGAUUUAUUGAGGAUAUUGUGGAACGAGUGCGCAGCAGCGAACCACGUGCCAGUUUGCUUACCACCGAAACACAGACUAGUCGUCAACCCAGCAGUGAGCCAGCAGCCAGUGAGGAAACUGACUUGGAGGUGGAGAAACCAUUAAAGCCACCACGUCAAAGCAAGCUGACAGAAACAGCCGCACCCACAACCUCCAGUCACAGUAAUCUCGAUGAGCAAACACAAACUGAUGCUGCCUUACUGCCGCUGCCGCCACCACCAACUGUGUAUCCUAGUGUGGAGUACCUGCAGUCCUUGGCCCCACUUGCUUUCUACAAUCUACAACGCAGUGGCGAAGCGGAACAAGCAGCUGAUGCAUCUCCCAGCAGCACCGCCGAUCGUAAAGCGCCGCACAAAUGCCGUCGCCGUCACGUGCAACGCCGCGAGGAGCAGUACGAGGACGACGAACAGCUCGGUUCAGGCUCUGACCUAGACGUGGAGUUAGUGGAACGUCCACGAUCCCGUCGUUCACGCACGCGCAGUGGCACACAGCCAUCGGAAGCCUUCGACGAGCACGAGCCCAAGACUGUGGUGCAGGCGGGUCGCCAAUUUAUCUCCGCCUGCAGCCUGGAGCUGGUUAACAUUAUUAAUCAGCUAACAAACUAUGUUCGUGGCGACGUUGUCGAACAACAGCAACAACAACAGGGCCGCAAUUUGCCUGCACUUAUGGUGCUCUUUAUCCUGAUUACAUUUGGGGUGCUCGUCUUUUUGUUAACCGGUCGACAGGUGCAUACACAUCAUUGGGAUUAUUUCAAUCCACCAGGCAAUGAGGGCAGACAGACGUGAGGUUAGCUUACAGCGUUUCUGUUUGGGCCAGUUGUUGAAGUUUUCACCCUAAAGACGACAACGCAUAGUUUUGCAUUUUGGAAUUAAUAAUUUUUUGCUAAUGGCUAAAACGAAUUUAAAAGGCGGCAACCCAAGGGGAAUGCGCGCCAGCAACUAAAGGCCUUAACCCUAAUGAUAUACAAAAAUAACAAUACAAACUAACAAUUACUUUAGCAAAAAAAAGAAGCGUGAAUGGAGAGCAGAAGCUGAAGCUGCAGCGGCAUGUAGCACGUAAGCAAAACAAAUAAAUCGUAACUAGUCAGAAAAUCAAAAAAGAAUCCCAGUUCAGGCAUUAACAUCACAGUUGACGCCAAAGGAAACAUACCAAUAUAUAACGACGUUUUCAUAAAGAGCAGAUGCAUACACACAUAUAUAAACAUACCUACCUACAUAAAAUCAAAAAUUUUCACAUACUAACAUACAUAAUUGAUAACGAGAGUCUACCACCAACAUUUUGGGCGCAGCGUCACAAGUCAAUUGCAUAUACCUUAACUACGAUUAUGUAUUACGUUUACUAAUGGUACUUAAAUAUACAAAGAUAUAUACUUUUAGAAGCUGCCACUAUAUGUGUACAUACUAGUAGUGGGCGGCCAAAGGGCUCAAGUUCGUUUGUGGCAACUAUAAUAUUUAUAUUGUUUGCUCAUUUUUCUACAACAUAUUUUGAACAAAGUGAAGAAAUUCAUCAAAUUGUUAAACAUUUAAAUUGUUGUUUAAUUUAGACAAAGUCGUAGAAUUAAAAAUUGAAACCCUUUUUUCAUGGAAACCAUCAAAUGUUAUUCACUUUUCAUUUUGUGAGAAGUAAUUUAGGAGAAAGGUGAAUAUCAAUAGCGUAUUUUCAAUAAAGCGAAAAUUAUAUUAAA